CCAGCAAUAAGACCAACCGCUUUGCUAUUGUCCAAGUGGAAAGAGCCAAGUUUAUUAUGAGGACUAUAUGCUCUAGAGACCUCAGACAAGGCAUCUCAUAGGAGGCUUUUUCAUAAAACUAGGCUCUGCUGGUAGUAAGGAGGCCAGUUUGGAGGCAGGCGUUGAGCGGUGCACAUCUCCCCUCUCCAGCACCUUCUCCAUACCCAUCUUUUAUUUCAUUUUUCCACUUGGCUGAGCCAUCCAGAACCUUUUCAAUGUAUAAAAUGGAAUAUUCUUACCUCAAUUCCUCUGCCUACGAGUCCUGUAUGGCCGGGAUGGACACCUCGAGCCUGGCUUCAGCUUAUGCAGACUUCAGUUCCUGCAGCCAGGCCAGUGGCUUCCAGUAUAACCCGAUAAGGACCACUUUUGGGGCCACGUCCGGCUGCCCGUCCCUCACGCCGGGAUCCUGCAGCCUCGGCACCCUCAGAGACCACCAGAGCAGUCCGUACGCCGCAGUUCCAUACAAACUCUUCACGGACCACGGCGGUCUCAACGAGAAACGCAAGCAGCGGCGCAUCCGCACCACUUUCACGAGCGCGCAGCUCAAAGAGCUGGAGAGGGUCUUCGCGGAGACGCACUACCCGGACAUCUACACCCGGGAGGAGCUAGCGCUGAAGAUAGACCUCACCGAGGCCAGAGUCCAGGUGUGGUUCCAGAACCGUCGGGCUAAGUUUCGCAAGCAGGAGCGCGCAGCAGCGGCAGCAGCCGCAGCAGCCAAAAAUGGCUCCUCGGGCAAGAAGUCUGACUCCUCCCGGGAUGAUGAGAGCAAAGAGGCCAAGAGCACCGAUCCCGACAGCACUGGGGGCCCGGGACCCAACCCCAACCCGACCCCCAGCUGCGGGGCAAACGGCGGCGGCGGCGGAGGGCCCAGUCCGGCGGGAGCUCCGGGGGCGGCGGGCCCGGGGGGCCCGGGAGGCGAACCCGGCAAGGGCGGUGCGGCUGCGGCGGCUGCUGCAGCGGCGGCGGCGGCAGCGGCGGCUGCGGCUGCGGCGGCUGGAGGCCUGGCUGCGGCCGGGGGCCCCGGACAAGGCUGGGCUCCAGGUCCGGGCCCCAUCACUUCCAUCCCGGAUUCACUUGGGGGCCCUUUCGCCAGCGUCUUAUCUUCGCUCCAAAGACCCAACGGUGCCAAGGCCGCCUUAGUCAAGAGCAGUAUGUUCUGAUCUGCGAUCUGCGGCGGCGGCGGGCGAGCCCGGACCCGGGCUGGCGAGUGGGCGAGUGGGUAAACCCAAGGCGAGUGUCGCUGCUGCCAGUGGCUUUUUCAUCGAAGGCCUAAACUGACCGCGAUUCGAAUAACGAAAAAAUGACGUCGCUCCCAUUUCAACCCAACUCCUACCCCUUCCCUUACCCCUCCUGCAAGAAAACAAACAAACAAACAAACAAAAAACUUCCCCGGCUUCGCACCUGCCUCAGGCUGCGCACAGACAGGGCUCCGCCUGCUGCCCAGGGGGGUGUGAGCAGCGUGGCCUGGACUUCAGGGCACUCUCAGGGGGGCUGUGUCUGAGUGUCGGGUGUAUGUUUGUUUCGGAGAAUGUGUGUCUGUGGCCCCAUGUAGGUGGUAGGGAGAGAUGGGGGACCACAACCAACUCAGUGACUUCUUAGAAAUAAAUUAAAAAUUCGGAAGGCAGCAACGAUAAAGAGUAAAAUAAAAUAAAUCACAAAAGGUAAAAAGAUCCAAAUGGAGGGGACAAGUUAAAAUACAAAGGGAGCUAAAGAGGACAGUGGCCGGAGCUGAGGAUUUGGUCUUGCGAACCCCUAAACUGUACAGACUCUCAUGGCUCCUCUUUAGGAAGGGCUAUUGACGCCUUUCCAGCCCUGGUUCCCCUCAGGUCCUUGGGUCCGGCCACCGCAGUGAUGCCUCACUCAGACUGUCCUGGCAGCCAAAGUGACUUUCUGGAGCCUGCUUGCCUGUCCCCGCCUCGCCAGAAACCAUCUUGCCCUUAGCGCAGCUGAUUGCCACACCGUUGCUAACCCCAAACCCGAAUCUUCGCAGCCGCUUGGCCCUGAAAGACGCCCUGUACAUGAGAUGCCUUUUCAUUCUCAAACUCUGCAACCCGAGUCAGUCUCACAUUCACAGCGCUCCUUUUUUCUCUCCUGCUACCCCCACCGGCAUUUUCUUCUCCCACCAGCUUUUACGGAACUUUUUGGCACUGCUUUGCAUUGGAGUCGGUUGCAGUCCCACUUAGCUGGCUGCAGAGAAAUCUACCCAGCAAGGGAAAGGCACACACAGCGUUUGCAGAAAGUGUCUUGGCUUGCAUUUCUGAUUGAGUGAUCCGAGCUGGACUCAUCCUGUAGGGUGGACGGACUGUAUAGUGAUGAAUCCUUCUACCCGCAGUUUAGACAUCUCUGUUGGGAAUUUUGUUUCAAUUUUAUUUUAAAAGGCACAAACUAUAGAUAUUAGUUGAAUGUUGAGGCUUUAACUUUUUCGGUGUCUUUCUACAGCUGUGUUCUGUGACUCAAUUGUAUCGUGUUACCCUCAGUACAGACCGUCUCCACUGCGUGACUGUAUGAUGUUUUUUCUCUUCUUGUAGUCUCUAUGGUGUGUCUUUAUGGCGUAAUAAGGUUCUCACGGGUUCAAUUCCUUUGUGUUUAGAGAGACCAGGUUCAGACAAUGGUAUAUAUUUUUGUUAUCAGGUGCAUGUCUGUCUGAUUUUAUUUUCUUCUUGUUGGACUAUGUUUGUGAACAUAAGCGUCAUAAGUUAUGUUUCAGAUUUUCAAAUUUAUUUAUACGUGUGAUAAUGAAUGCUUCUAUUUAAAGGGGAAAUAUUUCUACAUGUGCAUAUAGUUUUCCAAGAGUGUACCAUUAACUUGAUUGUUGAUAAUAAAAACAAAAAGCAAGUAUAAGCAA